UAGAAGGAAUGGCUGUGCCUAUAUCGCGCCACGGAGGUGGCUACUCCGCUGUUGCAGCAGCUGACACGGAGAAAAAUGAAGGCCCUGUCAGCAAGCCGGUCGUGCUGGAGAAUUCCCGGGCAAAAUACUUACAGGCGCUUGCAGCGUGCCUCUUAUGGCUGGUCUGCAGCUCUACCAUCAUUCUUAUCAACAAGUAUAUCAUGGUGGACCUCAAGUUUAAGUACCCCAUGGCGGUGGCGGCCAUGGGCAUGGGCUUCGCAUCUAUAGCCUGCUACAUCUACUGCGAUUUGAUUAAGGCUGUGCCGCCAGCCACCGCCGUGGACGCGCGGUUCUACUGGACGCGCAUCUUCCCUGUGGGCGCCUGCCAGGGCCUCACACUGUUCCUAGGCAACCAGAUGUACUUUUACCUGACGGUGGCGUUCAUUGAGAUGUCGCGCGCCUCACUGCCCGUGACUACCAUGCUGGCGCUGUGGGUGGCGCAGCUGGAAACGCCCACGGCGGCGGUCAUCCGGGCUGUGUGCCUUACGGCGGUGGGGUGCGCCAUCGCCGCGUACGGCGAGGUUCACCUGUCGCUCAUCGGCGGCUUAUUGGUCAUCAGCAACCUGUCCAUGGAGAGCCUGCGGCUGGUCAUGACGCAGUACCUGCUGGUGGGCUGCGACAUGCACCCGCUGCAGAGCCUCAAGUUCAUUGCUCCCGCCGCCACCCUGACGCUGCUGGCGGGCAGUGCGGUGCGCGAGUACCCGGGCAUGGUGGCAAACAACGCCGGAGCCAUCGUGGCCCGGUACCCAUUGCACUUCCUGCUGGCCGCGUGUCUGGGACUGGUGGUGAAUGUGCUGGGCGUGGUCAUCAUCAAGCUGAGCAGCGCAACCACACUCAAAGUGCUGGCGGCAGUGCGCGGCCCAAUCGUGGUCAUGUGCGGCGUGCUGCUGUUCGCCGAGGCCGUGACCAUGAUCGAGUUCUUCGGCUACUCCAUUGCUCUGGGAGGCUUCAUCUGGUACCAGUACGCGCUCACACAGAAGGCGGCAGCGGAGGCAGCCGCCAAGGCGCCCGCGCUGGCCAAGCCCUGAUUAGUCUUCAUGGGCGCAGGACAACAACAGAUGAAAGAAUGAGGAGCGUUGACAAUGAUGUGCUGUUCUGUGCGCGCUGCGGUGCGCAGUGGAGCUGCCGGUUUGCGCACAGGCGACAUUGCACCUGCCGAGCGGGUUGGGCCAGGGUAUGGCCGUGUCCUGUGGCACUCCACGAUGGCAACCCGCGGUCAAGUGUGAUGCAUACGGGCCUUGCACUGGUCGCACAAUGCGGUUAGGAGUGUUGAUGAGUGAUGACACGCCUGUAGAAGGGGGCGCCAUGCUGCGCCGCUGGCGCCCAAUGUCCGUAGCGGCGUGACACUUUCAAGCGAGUGAAGGCGGCUCGCCACAAGCGGGCUGCAAGAGCCUGAAACUGAUUGAGCUAGUAGUGCUGAGAUGCCGGGUGGGGUCAGAUGGACUUUGGCGGUGGCACGCCAAUGUGCAUGCACGGUUCGGUGGGAUAAGGGGUUCCGAUAAAUCAGUGGCACGUCUUGAUGAAUUCAUACAUGUACGCAGCAGGCUGUCCUGUGAGGUGUUGGACUAGACUGAUGCGGAGAGGUGCCUUGGAGGCAUGGCGCAGGGCGGCUGGGCGAGGGGGAUUGGAGCCAAGGUGGCCUUGACUGAAGUGCCAGUCAGUGAAGGCCGGUGGCCGCCGCAUGGACAUGACUGCUGUGCUCACAUCAGGGUGGUAUUACAGAAUAGCGCAUGAGCUGCUUGCCUGUGCUGGAACAGUCUGGGUGUCCUUUAUGUGUUCAGUGGAAAUGCGGCACAGCGGUCGGGAGUUGGGACUGCGACGAUCAUGUGUUGGGGUCGAGUGCCUUUGCAGUCAGGAAAUGUGUGGAGCCACCAUCGGUACAAUAUUCAACUGCAACCAUCUCGACUUUAACCAUGUCCCUGAUUAUUCAAAUAUGUUACGAGAGCGAGAGACAAACGCGACCAAGGUUGUUGGGCCUCACAAUGCUGCGGCAAUAGGCGCAAAGUAAGCACUUGUACAGCACAAGACUUGUACAUUGACGCUGCCUGGAAACAGCAGCUGCGCAGUGGGAAAAGGUACGCCGAUAUUGGCGGCAACUGGCGGCAAUUGCGAAACGACUUGGCUGUGCGCGUGCUCAAUUUCCUUCCUGGCAAUGGGCAAUAACCGUAUCUUGCCGCGCGAAGUCGCCGGUCGCAGGCACGCCUUGUUUUAAGAGCCCCUCCCCCUUCCCCCGCCCCUCUCCACAUACCAGCGCGCUGCACUAUCAUGUAUGCUCUUAAACUUCCUGCUCAUGAAUCCCCUCAGAAAAGGAGUUGAGCUGGCGCUGGGGUCGCGCUGGUGCCACUAACCCUGGGCCAGCGGCGGCGCCUGUGUGCGGUGACGGCCGCAUCGGGCAGCAUCGUUACCCUGCGGCUGCUCGCCGGCCCCUUGUUCCGGUGGUGUUGGAUGCCUCACGCGCGCUGGACAAAUUCUGCUGGUAGCCGCGUCCGCAGGCCAGCUGUAAACCUGGCGGCGCCAGCUGUGCCCGGGGUUUAGGACGAGCGCUUCUGAUAGAAGUGUUAGCAGCGGCGGCAGAGGCAGCAUCACCCAGCCAAUCCAGCAGCGUUCUGCAGCCUUUACCAGCACCACCAGCCCCAGCACCACUAUCGGCGGUACAGUCAGCGGUGGUGGCUUGUCCUCGGCGCUUGGGCGAUGGAGCCGCGAGGCGGUACGUACUGGCGGCAGCGAGGCGCAGCCACGCGCACAUCGAGAACGCCGCGCUUGUUCCCCGCGGGCGCCAGCAGCAGCUGUAGCAGCAGCAGUACCCGCAACAUUGCCGUUUCCAUCAAUGGCGGUCGUAGCUCGAAUUCUGCAGCUGUUGCAGCGGUGGCGGCUCCCAGGCUCGAGCCUGGCCGUGGCCGCCGGGCGGGUUUGGACGUGUCGGGCCUGACGAGAGGAGCUGCUGCUGGCUGGCGGCUGCGGCGGAGGGCUGCGCCCCCGCGGACUUCCAGCGUCUGUGGGGCGCGAUGUAUGUUCCCCGGACCAUCCUAUCGAUCCAGAGGAGGUCUCGGAGCGCUUGAAGGACGUUUGCAGCAGCUGCGCGCGCUGCAGCAGGCUCGGGGCCGGAAGGGAUGGCGACGCCUGCGGCGACCCCGGCGCAGCCCACGCUGCUGGUAUCAAUGGCGCGCGCCCUUGCGGCCGCGGUGCACUGGCUCCAUCUCUGUUGGCGUGACAAGUUGAUGUGGCUUGAGGCCACGCUUGCAAAAGCGGCCACAGAAGAAGCGCCGGCGGCGGCGGGGCCGGCGGCCACGUUGGUGAUGGGCCCGACCACUGGUCCUAACGACGAAGUCCUGUGGGCGUGUCGGGGUGGCGGGUGGCAGCAGCGGCAGCAGCAGCAGCAGCAGCCCCGGUGACGAAAGCAGCAGUGAUGAGUGGCACAUGCACAGAAUGGUCACUGCCGCUGCUGCCGGGCUGCGUAUGGCCGACAGCAGGAGCGCAGCAGCAGCAGCUGUUAGCAUCGCCGCGUCAGGAGUGGCCGAAGAGGCUAUGGCACGGCUUAAGAGGCUCGCGCGCCGGGGGCUUUGUCGUGGGGGCCGCCGCAAUACGUGUCGCCGCCGCUGCGGCCGGCAACGCGGCUGUCGUGCGGUACCUGUCCUCCUGCGGUCCCGGCGCCGCGCGCGGUAGUGGAUGCAAAUGCGGGCACGGUGGCUUUAGAGUUUGGGACGGCCUGGGCGCUUUCGCUGGUGUGGGCUUCGCGCUGAGCGA